AAAUGUUGGUUUAUUAUGUUGAUAUUGUUGCUAUUUUUGCAGACUGAUCAGAAGCUGCGUGUUUGUGACAUUUGUGGAGCAUUUUUAAGUGUUUAUGACAGUGAUCGUCGUUUAGCUGACCAUUUCGGAGGAAAGCUCCACUUAGGUUAUAUGCAAAUCCGAGAGAAGCUGGCUGACCUUCAGGAAGAGAGAAACAAAAAACGAAAAGCCCAUGAAGAAGUGAGAAGAUCUAAAGAACGAAGUAGCCGGGACCGUGAAAGGGAACCAAGCAGGGAUCGAGGUGAAAGCCGUGAACAAGGGAGGGAUUAUGAUCGUAAGAACAGAGAGCGUGAUAGGCACUAUGACCGAGAUCGCAGCUACGAUAGGGAGCAUGAUAGGGAGAGGGAGCACUCUCGCAACUAUGAUUCUAGGAGUCGGCGCAGAUCACGGUCAAGAUCCAUAGAACGCUCAAGGAAUUACAAUCGCCACAGGCGAUACUGAUUGCUACUCUAGCUCAACCACUGUGCAUGGUGCAGCUGAAAGCGUUGGGAGGGAUUCAUUCUGAUACCGUUCUUGUACUCACAGGAGAGUUUGUGGAUUUUCAUGAAUGACUUUAUUUAAAUGAUUCCUAGUAGAUUUAGUCGUUUCAUGGAAUUGCUAGCAUAAGACAAUAUUUGAAAAACAUACAACUCUUUUCUAUUUAAAGUAAUAUUUACAUUUAUAUUUUUAGGAUAAAUGCGAAGUGGAAUGAUGAUGAUGAAAUAUUUUA